AUGGCACGCAACAGUGAAAAAGCCCAGUCGAUGCUGUUCCGCUUCCGAGCGCAGCAAGCAGCCGACCUUGGAAUUAUCGAUAUAACCCGCACACGCCGCCCCAAAGCAAUCACAUCCAUCGACCAGGUCCCCGUAUGCGAGCGCUGGCGCGGCCAAGUCGUCAAAGAGAUUUCCCGCAAAGUAUCACGCAUCCACGAAGUCAGCCUGAGCGAUUACCAGAUUCGUGACCUCAAUGACGAAAUCAACAAGCUCAUGCGCGAGAAAUGGGCGUGGGAAAUGCAAAUUCGCAAUCUGGGCGGGCCGAACUACAUGCGUGGAUCGAGUCGGCUCUACGAUGACGAAGGACGCGAGAUUCCGGGCGGUGGCAAAGGAUACAAAUACUAUGGCCGUGCCCGGGAGCUACCUGGUGUCAAGGAAAUGAUCGAGGCUGCAGUUGCCCGCGCGAAAGGACCGACCGAGGAAGAAGAGGCUGUUUCUGGUCGAGGGGGGGAUAUUGCGACGAGGAAGGUCGAUGCCAGUUACUUCGGAUAUGGUCUUGACGAGGAAGAUGGGACGUUAUUGGCAUAUGAGAAACAGAAGGAGAAGGAGGCUCUUGAACAUCUGCGCAGUCAAAAAGAGACCGAUGCUGAAGAUGGAUGGCAGUCGCUACCUGGUGAUUCGGGUGAUGGGGUGGAAUGGAGGCUCCCGACACUGGAGGAAGUGCAAGAAGAGCUGGUUGAUAGGCGGCGACGCCGCCUUCUCGACAAGAUCUCUUGA